CUUCAAGCGUGUGUAUAUAGUGUGGGAGAGUGACCACGCGUUGGUAGUCAGUACCAUCAGCACUGAUUCCGUAUUCCAUACUGUCGGAGGGUUCGUGGGAAAACGCUACGCGAUGCGAGUCAUCAUUCCUUGUGCAUUGCUCUUUGCAUUUUUCUGGACGUCUUCAGCUGAGAAAGAAUGCGGAGGAAAGCCAGCAGAUGUGAUAUUCGUCCUCGAUUCUUCCGCAAGCAUUUAUGCUGACGACUUCCGUAGACAGAUCCAGUUUACGCGCGACGUGGUGUCCCUCUUUGACAUUGGCCCUGAAAAAACCCGAGUAGGUGUCGUCCUCUUCAGCACCGACGUAUACCCUGUCUUUGGAUUGACGCAGUUCGCUGACAAGCCUGCCGUGGAACAAGCUAUCGAGGGGAUUAUCCAGCAUGUAGGAGGCACCCAGACACAGAAGGCUCUCAAGCACAUCAGAGAAAGAGAAUUCAAGAAAAAUGCCCGUCCGAAAGUUCCUCAAAUUGCCAUUGUGUUGACCGAUGGUCAGUCCUAUGACCGCAACGCGACCGUUCAUGAAGCCAUUCUCAACCACGAGGCAGGGAUCACAACUUUUGUCAUUGGUAUCGGAUUGGGAGUUGAUAUGACAGAGUUAUCUGACCUUGCCAGUGACCCAAGCAGUUCCUAUUUGCAUCAAAUUGGGAACUAUUCGGCUCUUCAAGGGAUAAAGAAAAUAUUAGCAAUUGAAACCUGUAAAGUCAAGUACGUGAAACCGACGCCGAGACCAACUCCCCGUCCGACCAUACAAGCUGACGCCCCUGUUGAUGCCAGUGAGUGUACCCUCAGUCUCAUCAUCGGCGUGGACACUAACGGCGUCAGCACUCGCUACACGAAAAACAUCCUCUCCUUUCUCUCCGAAGUCACAGAGAAUCUGUCGGGUCUCUCCGGUAAGGUCCGCACCUCACAGAUCAUGACAGAAUGUGCCGAUUCACCUCGAAUCGUUAGAUCCAAGAGUUAUGCCCCUUUGAUCAAAAAAAUGCGCUAUCAAAUACCAAAGACAUCAAGCCGCGUCAGAUCGGCUGGGAUUUUAUUCAUCAACAGCGACAUCGAAGAUGCAUCAAGAGCUAUGAGCGAAGUAAGGAGAGCAAGAUUUAUUGGAUUCCACCUCUUUCUUGUCGUUGUUGGCUCCAAUAGAGCGGAGGACGAUCUGUCAAAUCUACUGGGUGUAAAAAGUAGUUCCAAGGAAUACGGCGGAAGUGUUUUUAAGUCUCCAUCCUACAGUAAAUUGCCUGUAAUUGUAUCCGGACUUACACAGGCGCUAGCGGAAUCUGGAUCGUGUGUGUGAUGCUUCAUGUAGAAAUAGAAAUGUCCAGUGCAAUAAAUGAUAUAAUAACA